UAUCCACAGUGUUUGCUGCCCUAUUUUAAUCGAAGAAGAAGAAGCGCUUAUGUACGUAGCUCUUUUUCAGAUGAGUCUGAUCUGAACUCUCUGUGGGAUAAUGGAUCUAAUUAACUAUCGCUAGUUAUUUUAGUGGACAAAACACCCAUGAAGCAGGCACUCUUUGGGCUUCAUAUUUCACUAGCAGUGAAUUCAGGAGUGUGUCGGGUUUUGGAUGGAUUCAGCACCUGAGUUAUUAUUUUAUCGUGUAGUCACAACCAGGGACCUCAGGGAUCUGAAUCCUGUACAACAGCGGGAAAAAAGAUGGUGAAGUAUUUUUGUAAUAGCGCAGACAUCAGGAGCGCGUGGGACCAUGUUGUCUCUGCUUUCUGGCAGAGGUACCCUAACCCAUUCAGCACCCAUGUUCUCACAGAGGACGUUGUGUACCGGGAGGUGACCGCAGACCACCGGCUGCUCUCCAGACGCCUCCUAAUGAAGACCAAUCGGCUUCCUCGCUGGGCGGAGCGGGUCUUCCCCUCCGGCAUGUCUCGCUGUGUGUACAUCAUCGAGGACUCCAUUGUGGAUCCGAUAAACAGGAAGCUGACCACAUACACCUGGAACCUCAACCACACAACGCUCAUGUCAGUUGAGGAGCGUUGUAUUUUCCAAGACUCCGUGGAGCAACCAUCCUCCACCCAGAUGAAAAGGGAGGCGUGGAUAACAUCCAACGUUUAUGGCUUCUCCAGACCUAUCCAGGAGUUUGGAUUGGCCAGAUUCAAGAGCAACCAGGUGAAGGCCAUGAAAGGGCUGGAGUACGCUCUCUCCAACAUACAGGGAGAGACGCCCCAGCGGCUGCUCAGGGACUCGGUGAAGGACGCGUCAGAGAAGGCCAAGGAGGCGGCCAAGAGCCUGGCUUCAGCUGCUUCUGUCCCCCAGAAACCCCCACAGUACGUUUGACAGGAUCCAGUGUGGAGCGCUGUGCAGGUGACAUGAACUCAUCACUACGCCUUUUCAUCUCCUCCAUCUUCCUCACUGGACUGAGGGUUUCUGGGAUCUCGCUGAUCGGCGGUUAUUUUGUGUUUUGAUGAUGUAUGAAGCAGCUACCGUUAGCUUUAUGUCUACGUUGCCUCUCAGGUCCCGAGCCUUCGUCUGAGACAUAUCGCCUCUGUGGAAAAUAGUUCGGAUUGUGAUCAGCAGCACCCGUUAACGCUGUAACUACGUCACCGUUAUAAAUGCACAUUUUCCUGUCUUGCCAUGUAUGUAAUUUAUCUAUUUUAAUUUAUUAAGCUUAUGUUCGUCUCAAUGAUGAAACUCUUCAUAAACAGUUGAACACUUUAGACUAAUACAUUAUUAUUAUAGGUUCAUCCUCUGAUACUGUGACUGUGUAACUUUAGUUAAGCUUAAGCAGGACAAGGUUAAGGAAUUAUGGAACACUCAAAGGGUGAAGCAAUAUCAUAUUAUGGUCGAUUUUCUUAAUGAUUUAUUGCUUGUUUAACAUUUUCUGGGGUUGAGACUCUUCUUAUCACUUUCAAACACAUCACACAAUGUGUUGUAAGAGUGUCCGCACACAAAGUCCUCUGUGAUACUGCACAUUAAAUAAAACACUUGGUAUAAAUGCUCCUGGUUAGGAAAUGCCAGAUGGGCCUGUAACGAAGCUCUGAUAAUCACAAGAAACCGAAGUGACUUAUAUAUAAAAAGUUCCCCCGUCUCUGUGUUCAGAUUCACUUUGCAAUGUGAUUAGCCUGCCUCUGUUUGACACUAAGGUGCACAAGGGACUUAUUUUGUAUAAUUUCUUGUGUUUAUAAAGCUUAAGUAGUGAUGAAGAUGAUAUGACAUUGUAAAGAUUUGAUUGCAUUCCCUUUUUUAGAUGGACAUUUCUGGAUUUUGCUGCUUCAAGACUUGAAAUAUUAUAUAGUUUUAAAUAAUAUAUUAGAUAUACAAUCAUGUGAUGUAUUUGAAUGCUUAUUUACUAUUAUGCAUUUCUAAUAUGCAUAUAUAUAUAGAGAGAGAGAGAAAGAGAGGGAUAUUAUAAGUAGGUACUAAGAAAUGUAAAAAGAAUGCUUUAGAUUUUUAAUUAAAAAUAAAUAUUUUUUGUUACUCAUCAGAAACAUUUUAAACCAACUUUAGAGUUUGUUGUCUUGUGUUGUUUCAUUAUGCUUUAUUAAAACGUGAUAAGUUAUUGAUUUAAA